AUGAAAAGUUAAAAUAAAUAAGCACCACUGUUCCAUGAGUUUUUCGAAGACAUCGAUUAAGAAAAAUCAGAGGAAAAGCCAGGGGAUCAAACAAACUAUCCUAUAAUUCCCCUUCCAAUUUUAGAGGGAACUCACUCUUUGGGGCCAGAUAUGAAAUUUGGUUGGAAACCUGAGGUUAAGUUUGAAUCUGCACCUAUUCCCCUCUACUUCAAUUUUAUAGAAAACCCUCAUUAAAAUUUUUAUGAAGAGCAAGCUUAUUACUAAAAUACAGGGGGAAAGGUGAACAACUUCAAAAUUAUAUAUUAUGGACCUAGAUUCAAAGACUCUUUUGAGAUGCAUAAAAAUUUUGUUAAACCAGCUGAUAAUACUUAUGAAUUUGGUUUUCCUAAAUUCUAUGGUCUGGCAAGUGCAAAGGCUUUUUAUGAUAGUGUGUUUGAGGAUAUGAUGGAUGGAGAAGCACCAAGAAAAGAUGAAAUGAGAGAAUUUCAAGGAAUGAGCCCAGAUGUCGAUAGAAACGAAUUAAACUUCAACUCUAAUUUUGAAAAUGGAAAUUUAGAUAUGGUGGUUAAAACAGCUGAUGAUACUUACGAUCUAUUUUUAAGAGUAGAUACGAAUACGAGAGGGCAUACAAAUUGGUUUCACUUUGAAGUUAGCAAGACUAAGAAAUAUAAAACUGUCACUUUUAACAUUGUUAACAUGAGCAAGAAAGAUGCUCUUUUCAAUCAUGGGAUGUUAAUAAAUUACUGGUCUUAAAAAAGAAAUUCCCCUAAUUUUUGUGGCUGGGAAAGAGGAGGUACUAAUAUAAGAUACUAAAGAACUCCAGGGUUGAAGUAGAAUUAGGGUUAUAGACAAAGAAAAUAUUAUACUUUAUCUUUUGACUUCAAAUUUGAUCAUGAAAAUGAUAAAGUUUGGUUUGCUUACACAAUCCCAUAUUCCUACUCUAUGUGUGUGCAAUACAUAAAAUCUAUUAUUUAAGAAUAAAAAGCCUGGCUCAAUAUAGAGAGAGUCAAAGAAAGAGAAUGGAAUUAAAAUUUGGGAAACAUGAAGCCUUUUAGAAAAAGAGGUAAGGUUAUAUAAGAUUCAGUAUUAUGCAAAACACUUAGUGGAGUUGAAGUGCCACUUCUGACAAUCACUAACUUCGAAGAUUAAAACUGGCAAAAAACAAAGAAAAUCAUUUUCAUUUAAUCAAGAAUUCAUCCAGGAGAAACUGCAUCAUCAUGGAUUGUCCAUGGCUUAAUUAGUUUUCUGAUUUCUAGAUCAAAAGUAGCUGAGUAGCUUAGAAAAAGAUUUGUUUUCAAGAUUAUACCAAUGCUUAAUCCUGAUGGAGUUAUUAUUGGUAACUCAAGAGCUACUUUAUUGGGAGUAGAUAUGAACAGAUAGUUUUUGAAUAAUGAGGAUUAAGAUCCUAAGCUAAAUCCAGUUCCAAUAGCAAUCAAAGAUUUAAUUGCAAGUUUGAUUAGAGAAGAAAGAGAUAAAAUUGUUGCUUUUAUGGAUUUACAUUAGCAUUCUAAGAAAAAGUGCAUAUUUAUUUAUGGACCAUACUACCCUUUGCAUAAUGAUAAGUAUUUAUAAAUUAGAAUCAUACCAAAGCUUUUGUCAGAGAGAUCUGAAUUCUUUAGAUUUUUUAGUUCCAGAUUUCGUAUUGACAAAUAUAAGGAAAAUUGCGCUAGAAUAACUAUUGGGAAGGAAUUUAACAUUGUAAAUUGCUUCACAUUAGAAUGCUCUUGUUUUGGAUAUAUCACAAAAGAUAGAAAUACAGUUCAGUUUAGAGAAUCUGAUUUAAUUGAAUUCGGCAAGAGUCUUGCAGAAUGUGUGCUUGAAUAUGAUAUGAUUAUGGAGAAGGAUAGAUAGACGAAGUUUUAAAUAAAGGAAAGGAUAUUGUAAAAGAAGAAAACAAGGAAAACAAUUAGGGAAAUUUUAGGUGAUUAAGGUAAAAAGGCUUCUGAGGAAAAGCUAAUAGAGAUUAAAAAAGAUGAUGAUGAAUUAAGUGAUGAUGAGAGUGAUGAUAGUGAUUUUAAUGAAUCUGGUAGUGAGGAAGAAGAGGAAUUUGCUGAUUAUAAAUUAGAUAAAGUUGAUGAUAAUUUUUAGCAACCAUUGCUACCUGAUUUAACAGUUAAAACUUAAAAUGAAGCUGAAGUUGAUAGCUAAGAUGAUGAUGAUGAAGAUAAAUUUUAUUCCGAUGAAGAAGAGGAAGGAAACUAAUCACCUGUAGAAAAACCUAAUGAUAUAAAAGGGCUUUUGAAACAUAAAUAAAAAAGAACCAAAUUUGAUUUAAAAGGAUUCUCUGCAAGUGAUUUCGCUGGUAGAACUGGCAAAAUUAGAACUCUUGAUUAGCUUUUGAAUAUGAUUUAGACUGAUAUUAUUCAUGAAGAAUCUGAUGAUGAUUCUAAUCCAAGUAUUGGAAGUAAUAGUUCAGAUGGAGAUGCAUAAGGCUCAGACAGUUCAGGUGAUGAUAAUUUAGAUGACUAAGACUAAGAAAUUUUAAGAGAUAGGAUAUUGCAUGCUAUAUAAGUAUUCUCAAAAUGGUCUCCAAAUCCAAAGAAGGAGAUUUUGAAAUAAAAAAGAGGGAAAAAACUUAGUAUAGAAAACAGAUCUCUAGCAUCUUCAAAAAGAAGUAACAAGUCAGAUUCUAAGAAGAGUAUAUCUAUAGCAGAAAUGAAUGAAAUCUAAUUUCCAUUCUCUAAAGAAUAGAUUAAAUAAAUUGCUGGAGGAAAAUUGAAUUCAUUCAGAAAAUAAAAUAAAUAAUAAAAGAAGGAUGUGAUAGAUAAUUUUCUUAGAGAAUUCAGUGCUAUGCAAAAUCAAAGUUAAAAUUAAGGAGGAUAAGGUAUAGAUAAUAACUCAAUGCUCCAUGACCUAGAUGAUGAAGUUAUUUCUUCAAUUUCAAAUGAGAUACUUAAGUAAAAGAGAAAAAUAGUGAAGAAAAAAUAAAAGAAUUAGGGUAAUACAGGAAAGUCAUCAGCUCAAGGGGAUUUGCUUAUGGUUAAGUCAUUUGGAACAAACAAAGGCAAGAAAAAUAAUUUAGGGUUAAAUAGUGGGCUUAACUCUUAGGAUUAUUUUCAGAAAAUUGAUCUAUCUAAAGCAUAAAUGCUCACAGACAAUUCUGGAAAUACUAAAUCUAAUUCUGUAGUAGUUGGCUCAGCUAGAAAAGUGAUUCUAUUAAAAUACUAAACUACAUAGGAGAAAAUUUUCAAAGCUGGGGAAGUAUCCGCUGAUCAAAGAUCCUAAACACCUAUAGAGCUAUAAAGCUUAAGAAAAAUAGAUUAUGCAAAGCCGAUUAAAGUAUAAAUAUCGCAGAUUGAUGGAAAGCUUUAGACAUAGUAUUAAGCCUAAUAAUUGAAGAUUCAUGAAAUAAUGCCAUCUGAGUAAAAAACAUAGAAUAUUACUCCAAAUAGAUAAUAGUUGAAUUAUGAAGUCCCAAAAAAUAGUCAUUUGCUUGGAUAUGAAAACAAAUUGGCUCUUUUGAACGAAGCAAUUAUAAAUAAAAAGAGACAGAAGGUGAGUUCAAAUGAAUAUUAUAGUAACUAUAACGAACUAAGAAAAUCAAAUGCAAAAGAGCCAGCAUUUUAAAGACCUUAAACAUCAUUAGCAAGAUAUCAAUAAAAUAGGGCAUUAAAUAAGUACAUAUAGCAAAAAUCUUAAAACAACUCAACUCAUUCAAGUAUUAUUCAAAUUCCUACACUAAGUAUGGCUCAUUAAAACAAUAUUUUGCAUUAGCAACACAGUUUAGCUUAAAGAACUCCUAAUAACGGCUAAAAUGCAAGUUUUGAUAGUGUCUAACCUCCUUUUUUUUCUUGUUAAAUCCAUCCUUAGCCUAACUUAGAAAAUUUGAACAGUCAAAAAUAAAGAAGAAACUUUAAUCAUAAAAAGCAAAUUAGUAGUAAAGUAAAUGUAGCUACUGAUAUGUCCCCAAAGAAGUUUCUCUAAAUUCAAGAAUCGCACAACAACCUCCAUGAAAUAAGUUAAAUGUCUCAUACCAUAAAUUAGGAACCUGUGUUUUAUGUUAAAGAAUAAGACAAUCUUAAAUAAGGUUCAAUGGAAAAUGAUCAAAAGCAUUCAACUUAAACAGUCUCUGAAAAUAGUGUACCUAUGCUGAUGAAUAACUAGAAUGAUUAGAGAUAGAUACUUAGCUCACAGAGCAAAUAAUACUAGGUAGUAUUAAAUGUAAAUAGCAAAAAAAUAGAAAACGAUGAAUUGUCCUCUGUAUACUAAAGCGAUAAGAAAGUAAAAUUCAAAACUUAAAUUACCGAAAAGUCUAUAAAAUAACAAACUAAUCUGAAUAAAGACCAAAGCCUUUAAGAGUAUCUUGAUAGCUAAUCUAUUGGGCUUCAUUAAUGGAUGAGAUUGUAGUAAGAGGGUCAUUUGCCUUAGAAAUUUCCUACCAAUCAAAUGAUAGUAAGCAAUACAGCUAAGAAAUAAAAAGCAAAAACCUAGAGUGAUUUCACUCAAAUAUUCGCUGCAGACAAAUAAUUUUCAAAUGUAUAACUCUCAUAAACUCGUAAAUCAGAUCUUUACAAGUCUCAGAACUUCACCUAAAAAACUUCACCCACCUAAACUCUUCUUAACUUUAGUGGGAAAUAAACUAGAAAGAGUGUAUAAUUCAAUGAGAAAAAUAUCAAGGAAAUUUUGAAAAACGAGCACCAUUUUAUUAAGGAUGGAGUUUCGAGAGAGAAAAAAGUUAAUCAAAAAUUCUAAAAGUUUGGGUAAAUUGCCAAAGGUAGACCUUAAUCAAUGAUGGAGGUAAGAAAUCAGAUGAAUUCUUCUACUAAUUAGUCUGCGAAUGACUCUGAAUCAAUUCACAUAAAUAACUCAUAUCAAAUGCCUUCAACACGAUACAGACCUUUCGUCAAUUAAAUCUAGAAAUAAAACGCGCUUAAUUAUAUUGAACAGAAUAAGACGUAGAUUGUUAGAGAGAUAUUAUUAAAAUCAGGAGGAAAAUAUCUUGGAAGACCAGAUGUGGUCUACAACAGUGAGAAAGAGUUCAAUAUGGGUUAUAAUAUCAGAUAAAAAACAUAAGUUAAAGUAUAGAUUAAUUAGACCCCAGUAACUCCAAUUAUUUAUGAUCAUGAUAAUAAACUGGAGCAAACGCACAUUAAUGCUCAUAUUAAUCCGGUUUAUUGA